GCAUUAUCUUUAUCCUAUCAAAGAAUCCAAUACCAGGAUAGCGUUAUUUUUCCCCUUUCUUCUUCUUUUUGGUGGGAAACCAUCAUCAAUAUCUCAAACCUUAAAACAUCCAAUCUCCUGUUAGAAUUGAACCAACCCCUAUGGUCUUAGAUUUUCCGACACGCAUACACCCACCACCACCAGCUUUGGUGGUUGUGAAACAACGCGACCACCAAACAUGGCAAGGGAUCCAUAUCCACCACCCACCUAGCAUUUUCAACAUAUACCCCCGCACAACACCUACUAUUAUUCUUUACCGACGCAGGACAGACGCCAACAGUCGUCGGUGGGACUCGAAUGCGGAGACUUUCCGAACACGGAAUUAUGCUUUUGAUUUUGAUGAUGAUGAUAAUGAUUUUGAAGUUGUUGAUGAUGCAAAUGAGUGGCUUAACAUUCUUGAAGACUUCAUUGACGGUGUAUGGAUUUUUAAGGCAUUCAGAUCAUUUGGGUGGAUGCUUCCAGCCAUAAUCUCAUCUUUGUUGUUGACAUCGGGUCCCAAAGCAUUCCUAAUGGCACUUGCUAUUCCUAUUGGACAGUCAGCACUUUCCAUGUUAUUUCAAACUGUAUGGGGAAGGCCAAAGAGUAAAACAAAGAACCGUAGCAAAAGCAAGAGAAGAGCACGCCCGCCUCCACCACAUGCAAACGUUUAUGUGGAUGUAGAUGAUGUACAAGAAGAAUAUUCAAAAGAAGACAGAAAGAGGGCAACUGGGUAUCAAACAUGGGUGGCUGGAGAUGGUUCAAGUGAUAAGAAAAGCAACAAUUCAUCGUCGAGUUUUGGUGGCUGGGAAGAACUGGAUGGAAGAGCUACGGGUAGUAGAAAUGGAAAACAGAGGACAUCAAAGAGUAAAAUAAGCAAGAGAGAUAGAAGAAGCGAGACACCAUUACUUAUGAGAUUGUUGAUUGCGGUUUUCCCUUUUUUAGGUUCAUGGACCAAAAUGCUCUAAGAUAAUAGUGCUUGCAUAAAAUUAAGUACUACGAAUCAGUUUCACGUCCAUAAAUAGAGUUGACAAGGAGCAACCCAUAUGUAGCUUUGGUGGGUCAAAAUUGAUUUUAUUGUCUUCUGGUGUUAGAAUACAGCUUGCGUGUUACACCUCUUAUACAAUAAUAUUGUUACACCUCUUAUACA